AAUAGCCACAGAUGUGCUGCUCUUGACAAGCGGGAACCUCCAUCUGCUGUCAGGAGAGCCUCAGAGAUUUCUCACAUCACCCUGGAGCUAUCACGACAACUUUGUGGAUUUUCCAUAUCUUCAAUAUAAGUUUGCCCAGUUCCAGCUGAGGACCCAUGUGGGUGGUGGAGAAGAUCCGUUUGUCAGUGGAGAGAUCUAACCUGCCCGUCCCAUCAGCCGAGCUCAAUUUUAAAAUUGGGGACAUCAUGUUUGGAGACAAAGCCGACAAGACCAAAAGGAUUUUCCUCUGUCCUAAUGUCAUCACUCCUGACAACAUCCCAGAGUUCUUCAUCCCCCCAACAAUCCCAUCCUCGCAGGAGACGAAGAGCACGGAGCACAGCCGAGCCGCCCGCGUUAUCAAGGUGUCUCCCUCUGAGAGGCCCAACCCUGAAAUAGAGGUGACGCACUACGAGCAUCUCAACCCGCACAUUAUCCAGGUGGAGAGCGUGGACGAUGGCCCCUAUGAUGACUGCAGUGAUGAGGAGACCACCAACGCAGACCCCCAGAGUCAGGCUGCCUUGUCCCUCCCGCACCUUGCCAAAGCCCAGACCUGUUAUGGCUUUUGCACUUUACUGGAGAGCCCCCACACCAGAAGGAAGGAGUCGCUCUUCCACUCCGACCCUGGCUCCUCUCCCCUGCUGCUGCCCAGGAGUCGAUCCAGCGUGUGCUCCAAAGUCUCCCACUCUACCUUGCCCUCCUCCUCUCAUUCCUCUCUUGGCCUAAACACCCUGAGCUCCAGGCUUUCCCCAAAAUGCUACUCCCUGAACUGGCAGACCGCUAUGGACAGCGAUACCACUUCUUCCACUGAGUCCUCUCCUUUCAGCUCGCCACUGCUGACCAGGUGCCCCGGCAAGUCUUCCCUCUUCAAAACACUGAGUCAUGAACUACUCCUGGCGAGGAACAUGAGGAAGGCAAUGGUGUCCAGGAACAAUUCCCUGUCUACAGAUGAAGGCAGCUCCACAGACAACAGCCCCAAUGUCAUGAGGAGGGCUUCAGAGGGAUUAGCUGAAGGCCUUCCCGGCAACUACAGCCUGGCACCGCCGACCAUCUUCCCCACGGACUUGACUCUGCACAGAGAGAGGGUAAUGAAGGAACAAAUGGUGCCCAUGGGGAAAGACGGCAGCCUGAGACUCUCAGCAGAGUACUGUCCAGAUAACCAAAGACUGCGCGUUCGACUGAUCAGCGCUGAGGGCCUCUACCCGCUCUCUGUAGAUCCUAAGAUUAUCAACUGCAGCGUCAGCCUCUGUCUGGUUCCUGGAAAAGUCCAGAAGCAACGCAGCACAGUCAUCAGAAAGAGCCGUAAUCCAAUCUUCAACGAGGAUUUCUUCUUUGAUGGUAUCGCAGAGGAGAACCUCAGCCAGCGGUCCCUUCGCUUUAAAGUGGUGAACAAAAUGUCAACCCUGAAAAGAGACUAUCUUCUCGGUGAUUGUGAUUUGCCUCUUUCUCAAAUUGUGUCAUGAUAAACCCAAAGGGCUUCCUUAUCGUUUUAUUAAGAAUUGAAGUAUUUAUUUUAAUUUUUGUAUCCAAUACAAGAUUUUAUAAUGAUUAAAUUAUUCAACACACUUCAAGGUUGUUUGUCUUUAAUGGGUUUUAAAAUAGUGUUGAUACAUGAUAAUAUUAUAGAUCGUGUUCAUUUAGACUCAUGGGACCUACUCAAUUAUCUUUUUGAAAUAUAUAUUUUCACAAUUUAGUUCCCAGGAAAUGUUCACGUUAACACCAGAAAUCAAAUCUGCUCCAGAUAAAAAGUUCAUCCUUACCACAUCCCAACAUAGCACAUAAACAAACAUUGAAGUAAUGAUUCACAGCCUUUUCCUUCAUUGAUUGGUGUGUUAAUGGGGCGGCAGCAUCAGCUGGAGCGAGACAACCACCGUCUCAUGUUUCUCCUAAGCCUGUUGUCUUCUUUCUGACCUUUCCCAUGAUUAAAAAUAUCGGUGAAAACCAAAAACCUCAGAGGGGAGUUUUCACCGGCGAGUAUGCGCUUCAUUUAUAUCAGCGCACAAAAGAGGCUUUUUUUUCUCCCCCAUGAUACGGAGGAUACACUGUGAUACAGACACUUAUGUUUCAUGAAUGAGUUGG